GUUUCAAACUCAUCGUUUCUAACAUUCUAUCCUUAUUAUUACAACAUACUCUAAUAAACAAGUGAUACACACAAGCAGCAAAGAAACAGGGGUGGAAAAUGGCAAGUGCAUUAUCAGCAGCAACCAGCAGGGUGUUGUUGAGCAACAACAGAUAUCAACAACAAAAGAGAAAUCAAAAUGUGGUGAGAUGCUUCAGAAUAAGAGCUUCUGCUGAGGAUCAAGAGGAUUGCAAUGCUGAAGAAUGUGCCCCUGACAAGGAGGUCGGGAAAGUGAGUAUGGAAUGGUUAGCCGGAGAAAAGACCAAAGUGACGGGAACAUUUCCACCUACAAAGCGUGAGCGGGGUUGGACUGGGUAUGUUGAGAAGGAUACUGCAGGACAAACAAAUAUAUAUUCAGUUGAGCCAGCAGUUUAUGUAGCAGAAAGUGUAAUCAGCUCAGGAAGCGCAGGAUCGUCAGCUGAUGGAGCAGAAAACACAGCAGCAGUGGCAGCAGGAUUUGCUCUCAUCGCUGUGGCUGCAGCAUCAUCGGUAUUGCUUCAAAUAGGCAAGAACGCCCCACCUAAGAUUCAGACUGCAGAUUACUCUGGACCAUCUCUCAGUUACUAUGCUAACAAGUUGAAGCCCCCAGAAGUAGUUGAAGCCUCAGCCACUGCAGAAACUGAAAUUUCAACAUCUGCGGAACCAGCAGAAGUUUCAACACCUGCAGAACCAGAAAACUCCAAGCCAGAAGUUUUGGACGUUCAGGUUGCACCAGCAGACCAAGAAAACUCAGCAGUAGAAGUUCCCAUAGAAAACCAGCUGGAUGCUCCAAGUCUUAAUUCUGCUGUUUAAUAGGCACCUACAUUGUUGGUUCCUUGAGUAAAUUGUUAUUAUGAUGAUAAUCUUUUACUGUCACAGAUCUUUUAUACUGCUGUGGUUACCAUAUAAUCCUCUCUACUGUACAUGCUAUUAAGUCA